UAGAUUAAUUGUUGAAUUAAGCACUCAAAAAUCAAAAUUGAAGAAGAAUAAGCAAAAAGGACUGCCUCCACGGAAGCAGAAGACCCACUUUCCAGAUCUCUCAGUUUGUCUCGGAUUCAAUACCAAUACCCAUUCCUUCCCAUCGACUGCUGAUGUUCAAGUGAAAAGAACUUCUGCGGGAAUCAAACUUUUUCUCUCAAGUUAUAUACACUGUGAAAAUGGUCGAUCACACUGUUUCUGGCGCUCGUAUCUGAAAGACAAACAGAAAAGUUUGAUGGAUUAUUUGUGGUUUUCCAUGCUACUUUAAUUCAGAAAGCUCACCCUAUAAUGAAUUUUGGAAGUCCCUGAUUUGGAUCUCACAAGUAGCUACUAUGAUUGGGAGGAAGAACAAUGCACAGGCUUCCCCACUAUUUCUGGUUCUCUUGGCUCUUGCUUUUUUCUUUGUUACUUAUAAUUUGGUGACAGCUAUUAUUCAGUAUGGAUCUGUGGGAAAGGAAGUUGGAGAUAAUGCAUACAAUCGAUUAUUGACUGACCCCAUCAUUGAGAUGCCAGAGAAUGUGAAAAAAAAGAAGUCAAAGUCACCUUUCCAUGUUGCUUUGACAGCGACUGACGCUGCUUACAGCAAAUGGCAAUGUCGUAUUAUGUAUUACUGGUACAAGCAUAAGAAAAAUUUGCCUGACUCUGAGAUGGGAGGGUUCACUCGUAUUUUACACUCGGGAAAACCCGAUAACCUGAUGGAUGAGAUUCCUACUAUGGUGGUGGAUCCUCUUCCAGCUGGUAUGGACCGGGGCUACAUCGUCUUGAACAGACCGUGGGCCUUUGUGCAGUGGCUGGAAAAGGCUGCAAUAGAGGAAGAAUAUAUAUUAAUGGCAGAACCAGAUCAUAUAUUUGUUAAUCCGCUUCCUAAUUUAUCCGAUGGUGGUUAUCCAGCUGCCUUUCCAUUCUUUUACAUCAAACCUGAUCAAAAUGAAAAAGUUUUGAGAAAGUUUUUCCCUGAGGAAUAUGGCCCCGUAACAAAUAUCGAUCCAAUUGGCAACUCUCCUGUAAUUAUCAAGAAGGAAUUGCUGGAAAAGAUUGCUCCUACAUGGAUGAAUGUUUCAUUGAAGAUGAAGGAGGAUCCAGAGACGGAUAAAGUUUUCGGAUGGGUGCUAGAAAUGUAUGCUUAUGCAGUUGCUUCGGCUUUGCACGGCGUCCAGCAUGUUCUUCGGAAAGAUUUUAUGCUGCAGCCACCAUGGGACUUGGACAUUGGUAAAAAGUUCAUUAUCCAUUAUACUUAUGGAUGUGACUACAACUUAAAGGGGGAGUUGACUUAUGGUAAAAUCGGUGAAUGGAGAUUUGACAAGAGAUCGCAUUUACGUGGACCUCCGCCGAAAAACAUACCUUUACCCCCUCCCGGGGUUCCUGAAAGCGUGGUAACCCUGGUAAAGAUGGUGAAUGAAGCAACUGCAAACCUUCCCAACUGGGAGACAACAUAGUUUAUAUAAAUGUCAUAUUUCAGAUGUUUCAAAGUUAUGCCUUUCUUUCUCUUCAUUGUUUCAUAUUAAUAUAACAUCUCAUAAAUCUCAGUAUAGACAGAUCACAGCUUAGUUUUGAACUUUUUUUUUUUUUUUUUGAGGAUUUUUAGAAAGGGGGGAAUAGUUGCUUCAAUUCAACCAUGAUUUUUGUUAUAGAAACCAAUUUAAUCAAUUUCUCAGUUGUUGUUUCUCUUGUUUGAAA